AUGGCCGAGCUUUUAAGGCACCCUAAAGCCAUGAACAUUCUCCAAACCGAGGUCCGCAAAAUUGCCAAUGGCAAGCCAAAUAUAACCGACGAGGACUUGGAGAAAAUGCAUUACGUGCGAGCAGUGCUCAAGGAGACUCUUCGCCUACACCCUUCGCUCCCGAUCUUCCCGCGACUAUCGACCCAGGAUGUCAAAAUCCGAGGCUACGACAUCGCAAAGGGGACUAUAGUGUUCGUGAACGCGUGGACCAUUGGUAGGAACCCAUCAAAGUCGACUGAGCCGAACGAGUUCAAGCCUGAGAGGUUAAUAAAGAGCUCGGUGGAUUUCAAGGGACAGGAUUUCGAGAUGAUUCCUUUCGGUGCUGGCAGGCGGGUUUGUCCCGGGGAAUCGUUCGUGAUGGCGACGAACGAACUUGUCUUGGCGAAUCUGGUGAACAAGUUCGAUUGGGCACUGCCAGAGGGUCUAAAAGCCGAGGAUUUGGACAUGACCGAAUGCCCUGGUAUCACCAUCCAAAGGAAAGUUCCUCUCCUUGCUGUCGCCACUCCAUUUCCGAGUUAA